GUUUUGCGGGUGAGGAGGCUGGCAGUGUCGCGGCGACCGUCCGGACCCCCGCGGGCGGCACCAUGCAGCAGCCGCAGCAGCAGUACGAUUUCUUCAGCGAGGACAAUCCACCCAAAUGGCGCGGUCUACUGGUGAUGGCUCUGAAGAAGGUGCAGCAACAAGUUCAUCCUCAACUUAAAGCUAAUGAUCUUGCAAUGAAGUAUAUUGAAGAGCUAAUUCUACAGCUACUAAGCAUGCUCUGUCUAGCCCAGCCUCGUAGUGUCCAAGAUGUGGAGGAACGUGUGCAGAAAACAUUCCCUCACCCAAUAGACAAAUGGGCCAUAGCAGAUGCACAAUCUGCCAUAGAAAAACGGAAGCGUAGAAAUCCCCUUUUAUUACCCGUUGACAAGAUUCAUCCUCUUCUAAAGGAGGUUCUUGGUUAUAAAGUCGACCACCAAGUUUCUGUUUACAUUGUAGCAGUGUUGGAAUACAUCUCUGCUGACAUCCUUAAACUAGCAGGAAAUUAUGUACGAAACAUACGGCACUUUGAAAUUACUCAACAAGACAUUAAAGUGGCAAUGUGUGCUGAUAAGGUUCUAAUGGAUAUGUUCCAUCAAGAUGAGGAAGAUAUAAGCUUGUGGUCCCUGACUGAGGAGGAACCCUCUACCUCUGGCGAGCAAAACUACUAUGACUUAGUGAAGAUGUAUAUGUCUGAGAUUCGACAGUAUCUAAGAGAACUGAAUCUCAUCAUCAAAGUCUUCAGAGAGCCCUUUGUAUCUAAUGCGAAGCUGUUUUCUUCAAAUGAUGUGGAAAGCAUAUUUAGUCGUAUUGUGGAUAUCCAUGAGUUGACUGUGAAGCUAUUGGGCCUCAUUGAAGAUACUGUGGAAAUGACAGACGAAGGAAGUCCCCACCCAUUAGUGGGAAGCUGUUUUGAAGAUUUAGCGGAGGAAUUAGCAUUUGAUCCAUAUGAGAACUAUGCACAAGACAUUCUACGGUCUGGCUGUCACGAUCAUUUUCUUGGUCUUCUUUCAAAGCCAGGAGCUGCCUUCUAUUUACAGUCUAUAGGUGAGGGUUUCAAAGAAGCUGUCCAGUAUGUUCUUCCUAGGCUGUUGUUAACACCUGUAUACCAUUGCCUCCACUAUUUUGAACUUCUGAAGCAAUUGGAAGAGAAGAGCGAAGAUGAAGAGGACAAAGAAUGCUUAAAACAAGCCAUAACAGCCCUGCUUAACCUUCAAAGCAGCAUCGAAAGGAUUUGUUCAAAAAGCCUUGCGAAAAGAAGGCUGAGUGAGUCUGCAUGUCGCUUUUAUAAUCAUCAAAUGAAAAGCAAGCAUCUGGCAAUUAAGAAAAUGAAUGAAAUUCAGAAGAACAUUGACGGCUGGGAGGGCAAAGACAUCGGACAGUGCUGCAAUGAAUUUAUAAUGGAAGGGACACUCACACGUGUGGGUGCCAAACAUGAAAGACACAUAUUCCUAUUUGACGGCUUGAUGAUUUGCUGUAAAUCAAAUCAUGGUCAGCCAAGAAUGCCUGGUGGUAGCAAUGCAGAAUAUCGUCUCAAAGAGAAAUUGUUCAUGCGUAAGGUACAGAUCAAUGACAAAGAUGACACUAAUGAGUACAAGCAUGCUUUUGAAAUUAUCUUGAAGGAUGAAAACAGCGUGAUUUUUGCUGCCAAAUCAGCAGAGGAAAAGCAUAACUGGAUGGCAGCUUUAAUUUCUUUACAGUAUCGUAGUACACUGGAGAGAAUGUUAGAUGCCACUAUGUUACAAGAGGAAAAAGAGGAGCCACUUAGGCUUCCAAGUCCUAGUGUAUACAGGUUUUCUGAGCCAGAUUCUGAGGAGAACAUUGUGUUUGAGGAGAAUGUACAAUCAAAAUCAGGAAUUCCUAUUAUCAAAGCAGGCACUGUUGUAAAACUGAUUGAACGGCUUACUUACCACAUGUAUGCAGACCCAAACUUUGUUAGGACAUUCCUUACAACGUAUCGGUCAUUCUGCAAGCCUCAGGAGUUGCUCAGCCUUUUAAUUGAAAGAUUUGAGAUUCUUGAGCCAGCACCAACAGAUGCUGAUCGGAAAGUCAUGGAUCAUGGUGAUCAGCCUCUUAGUUCAGAAUUGAAACGUUUUCGAAAAGAAUACGUUCAGCCUGUACAACUUCGAGUUCUGAAUGUAUGUCGGCAUUGGGUGGAACAUCAUUUCUAUGACUUUGAAAGAGACGCAGAACUAUUAAGUCGUCUAGAAAAUUUCAUUGGAAAAGUAAGAGGUAAAGCCAUGAAGAAAUGGGUUGAAUCUAUUACUAAAAUCAUCCAGAGGAAAAAACAAGCACAAGCAAAUGGACCAGGCCAUGCUAUUACAUUUGAAACAUUGCCACCUCCUAUAGAAUGGCAUAUAAGUAGGCCUGGUCAAAUUGAAUUAUUUGAUCUGCUAACUUUGCAUCCAAUAGAAAUUGCACGGCAGCUAACAUUAUUAGAAUCAGACCUUUAUAGAGCUGUACAGCCUUCUGAACUAGUAGGAAGUGUUUGGACAAAGGAUGACAAGGAAAUAAAUUCUCCAAACCUUCUCAAGAUGAUCAGGCACACUACUAAUCUCACUUUGUGGUUUGAGAAAUGUAUUGUAGAAACUGAAAACUUGGAAGAAAGAGUCACAGUUAUCAGUCGAAUAAUUGAAAUCCUGCAAGUUUUUCAGGAAGUAAACAACUUUAAUGGAGUGCUGGAAGUGGUCAGCGCUAUGAAUUCAUCUCCAGUUUAUAGGCUGGAUCACACCUUUGAGCAAAUACCAAGUCGACAGAAGAAGAUUUUAGAGGAAGCUCAUGAACUGAGUGAGGAUCACUAUAAAAAGUACUUGGCCAAACUCAGGUCCAUCAACCCUCCAUGUGUACCUUUCUUUGGAAUAUAUUUGACUAACAUUUUGAAGACCGAGGAAGGUAACCCCGAUUUCUUGAAAAGACAUGGUAAAGAAUUGAUAAAUUUCAGUAAGAGAAGGAAAGUGGCAGAAAUAACGGGAGAAAUCCAACAGUACCAAAACCAGCCGUAUUGCUUACGAGUGGAACAGGACAUCAAGAAAUUUUUUGAAAACUUAAAUCCAAUGGGAAGCAGUUUGGAGAAAGAAUUUACAGAUUACUUGUUCAAUAAGUCAUUGGAAAUAGAACCUCGAAAUGCCAAGACGUUACCUAGAUUUCCAAAGAAGUUUAGUUAUUCACUGAAGUCUCCUGGUGUCCGACCAUCUAACCCGAAACAUCCAGCAUCAAGCAAUCCCCGUGUACAUCCUACACCACUACAGCAGGAACCACGAAAAAUUAGUUAUAGCCGAAUCACGGACAAUGAGACCGAAAGUAUAGCUUCAGCACCCAAUUCUCCACACACCCCUGACGCCACCCCCUGCUUCUACAGCAUCAAGCUCCACAGACAUCUGCAGCGUGUUUGGCGAUUCCGACCCAGCUAGUCCAUUCUACUCAAGUACGUCACUUACCGGGAACUUUUAGAACCGUUUGGCCUCAGAAAAU